AUGCAGUGGUCAGGAGUGGAACAAUUGAAUAUGUACAACCUAUGCGACAUAGAGUUGGACAUUGAGGUUACCUCUGUGAUCAGAACUCUGCUAAAGGGAGUAAAAAUUCCGUACACUGUAAUUGUCUGCAUAAUCGGUAUUGGUUUUGGAACAUUAAGUACUAAGUAUACAUUGGUCCAAAUGUACAGUGAAACCAUUGCAAAAAUUGAUCCAUUGCUGCUUAUUCAUACCUUUAUGCCAGUUUUGAUAUUCAGCAGUGCAUUUGAAAUUGAAUCUCACGUAUUUUUGAAGUCACUUUCCCAGGUGGUGCUUUUGGCUGGUCCCGGUUUGGUCCUGAGCGCUGCAAUGAUUGCUGUUUUGGCUGUCAAGGUUUACUCAUUCAACUGGGAUUGGUAUGUUGGCGUGAUGUUUGGGUCAAUUCUUGCCUGCACUGACCCAAUUACAACUGUCGCUCUGCUUAGAAACCUAGGUGCAUCCAAAGCGCUUACUCUAUUGAUUGAAGGGGAAUCAUUGCUGAAUGAUGGGACUGCUAUUGUCAUGUUUGAAGUCUUUCGAGAACUUGCUCUUAAACCACAUGAUGUUGAAGUUGUUGAACUUGCUGUAAGAUUGAUGCUAAAGGUGUUUGUAAGCCCAGUAUUUGGAUAUAUAAUGGCCAAAAUCACCAUGUUUUGCCUAACAUAUGUCUUUAAUGAUGGGGUAACGGAGAUAACGAUCAGUUUGGCAAAUACUUACAUAGCAUUCUAUGUCGGUGAAUGGGUUGGUAUAUCGGGUGUAAUAUCUGUUACAUUUAUGGGGCUCUUUAUGGAUACAGUGAGCUUCAGUCCAGAGAUUGAGGUGUUCUUAUUGCGCUUUUGGGAAAUGCUAACAUAUCUAGGAAAUUCUCUCAUCUUCAUGAUUGUUGGAGUUGUCAUAUCACAAAAAGCAUUGAAACAUAUGUCCAUCACUGAUGGCUUUUUCGUCAUUGUACUUUACUUUGGAAUAAAUACUGUACGCUUGAUGAUUAUCAUGGGUUUGGCACCAUUGUUAAAACGUUUGGGCUAUGGUUUCAAUUGGCGUUGGGGAGCUGUUUGCAUCUGGAGUGGUACAAAAGGUGCUUUCACUCUAAGUUUAGCUCUUACGGCAUAUCAUUUGGAAGGACUUGAUGAAGUGAAUGUCAGAAACAAGAUAUUGCUGCAUGUAACGGGGACUGUAUUAUUGACACUGCUAAUCAAUGGUACCACAAUGGAAUGGAUCAUCGAUACCUUGGCUGGAUACCUUGGAAAGAUUGAGUUUGUUUGCACAAUGGAUAAUUGGCUCAUGUAUACUGAACUAUUGGAGAAGUAUUUUGAUGCAAAUGAACUAGCCAAUGAGAAUUGUACAGCAGCUGAUAAGAAAGCACUUCAGCGGGUCGUCUCUAGCGCACAGAAGAUCAUCAGGACACAGCUCCCAGCCCUGGAGAACACCUACAGCUCACGCUGCCUAAGGAAAGCUACAAGCGUCUGCCUUCGAGAUAUUCCAGCCCCUAAACGGAUGGCUAUGUACGGUGCAAUUCAGCGUAUCAGAGAAAGUCAGGCCAACACGUUUUCUUUAUUGAAAAUGGAUAGAUUCCUGGCAGAUGCAAACUGGGUAAUGGCAGAAAAAUUAGUGCAAAUUGAUGACCCCUACAAAAGUCACAACAAAAAUGUUCAUGUUGAUGAAAUUUUGCCAAGUGCUAAAGCAUUUCGUUGCCCUGACUGUGAAAAAAAUAUUCCAUGGGAACCUUCCCCUCGUGAGAUAGAUGACAUGAUGGAAGAAGCCAGAGUACGCCUUUUAAAGGCUCAAAAGACAAGUUACUGGCGGCAAUAUAGUACUGGUAUGCUAAACCGUCAAGCUGCACGUACACUGAUUAGCAUCACUGAGAACAUGAUCGAUUCCGGAAGAGGCAGAAUUUCAAAAUAUUGUCAUCGUAUGGUAUACAACAGUGCAUUUGAAUGUUUCAUUUACCUGGUAAUCCUAAUUAAUAUCUUCCCAAUAAUCCUGGAAUGCAUACCCAUAAUGAAUAUACAAUACGAUAUGGAACUACAAAUAGUCAAUUAUGUUUUCUUCAUAAUAUAUGUAACAGAAGCACUUAUGAAGAUUCUCGCUGUGCGUAAAUCCUAUUUCCUUGGUCAUUGGAAUCAGUUUGACUUAUUCAUCAUCACAUUAGCAGCAGCUGAUAUCAUAGUUGAUCAGGUCUUUGAUCGUAGUGAGUACAAGGUUCGUAUAGUUCGAAUUUUCAGAUUGAUACGCCUUGCCAGGAUUCUUCGGCUUUUAAAGAUUAUGUUACCAUCCUUCAUACAUCUUCUCAACAAAAAGAUCAUCAAACAACUCUGCUUUGGAUAUGACAUUGGAAAAGGAUAUGUUGUAGGAGAAGAAGAUGUUAGUAAUCUUAUUGAUCACAUUUCAGACCAAAAAGUGAUCUCUCAGGCAUUUACAGGAAAAUAA